AUGCGCUACCUUCUUCCAGCAGUGCUUGGUGCACUGAGCUUGAUUUACGUCGAUGGUGUUGUUGCCCAGGACACGCCCACCUGUGUGCCUGGUUGUGCGAACACUGUCAGAGGCCAAUUCACUCAGUAUGGUUGCGUCAGUGCAGAUGACGCUGCCUGUCUCUGUGCAAACGCCAACUUUGGAUUUGGCGUUCGAGACUGUGGUCAGACUGGUUGCGGCUCUACGGACGUCCAAGUCCAGGCCUUUCUUGCUGGGAACUUUUGUCAGGUUCCUCCGACCUCAACACCACCAGCGACUCCAGGCGCGUCUGAAUCGACGGCUCCUCCAAGCGAAACAACCCCAAGUCCAACAUCGCCGCCAACGACAUCUGCUCCGAGCUCAGAAACUGCACCUCCGUCUUCAUCGCCACCGGCCACAGGGCCACCAACUACAGCAUCGUCAGCCACGACAGGACCGGCCUCCGUUCCCACUCAACCCUCUGCUCCGCCGACAGGAACCCCUCUACACUCAAACUCUACAAUCCCCGCGUCUAAACCAACUUCCCCGCCUCCUACGACAACCUCUGCUGCUUCUUCCACCUCUGUCUCUAGCUCUAGUCCCACGUCUACUGAAACAUCCGCAGCUGCUCCGGCAGGUGGUUUGUCCCAAGGUGCGGCUAUUGGAAUUGGAGUCGGAGUUGCUGGCGGUGUAGUUGCAAUUGCAUUUGCCGGCGUCUUCUUUUUCUUGAAAAACCGCAGCCGAACUCACGAUUCCUUCGACAUCUCUGCGCCACCUCCUAGUUCUGGUCGUGGCCAAGGCGCGUUUGAAAAGUAUUCGAAUGAUCUCGAACUGGUCUCUAACCGGUACGAAGACAUGGUACCUCGGCAGCAGCCAAGAGCCAUGGUGUAG